AUGACCCUAUUUUUACUAAGAUUUUUUAAGAAUUACCUCUCAUUCCAUGCUAUGGAAGCUGACCCAUCUAUUGUUUUAGAAUGGUUGGAAUCUGCCAACGAUGAGCUUAGAGAGUUGCAGCUUACUGCCCUGGAGCAACUAUGCAAUGAAGUCCUCUUCUCUGAUAACGUUGACGUUUUCUUUGAGCGCUAUCCACCUCGUCUCUUUAUACCUGCUUUGUGUAAAAUAUUUUUGGAUGAAUUAUCCCCAGAUUCUGUUUUGGAGGCGAAUGCUCGUGCUCUCACUUAUUAUCUCGAUGUCAGUUUGGACUGUGCUCCACGCAUUGCGCGUUCACCGAAUGUAUUGACUGCCAUGACGUCUAGGCUGGAUACAGUUGAUAUGACAUCUGCGAAAAGUAAUGAACUUGGACAGCAGAUUAUAAAGAUGUUGCAACUGAUUUGUACACGAGAGCCGGGUGCAGUAUAUGCGUCUGGAGGAUUAACUUCUGUACUGCGUUACGUACGCCUCUAUCCACACCUUCUUCAUGCUGAUGUCCUCCAGGCUGGAAUGGAUAUCAUCAGACGAUUAUUUACUAGAGCAGAUCCAACAGACAAGAAUUUAAACAGCUGGAUUGAUUCUUUGAGUUCACUUUUAGAUCGCCGAGAAACGGGUGUAGCCGAUCAAGCAUUACAUGCAUUCGCCAAUUUGGUUACUCGCUUUACUCGAACAGGCACUGAUCCUAGCCCACUUGCUGAUCCUCAUAUUAUUGACUGUCUUCUUCAACGUCUUCGUGUUGCAGGUGGUGUAGAAACUGAUAGUGAAUUAAUGGAUUCCUCUAGUUCUAAUAUACCAACAGAUACAUCUGGAGGUGGUCGUGAUGGUCUAUCACUUAUAUCUGAAAGUAAUCCAGUUACAGUUCAUGCAGUGACUAAUAUUUUGACUUCACUUUGCUGCAAUUCGUUGAGUAUAACACACAAACUUUUGACUAGUGAUGGUCAGUUUGCAAUGACUUUAGCAAUGGUUGUUCAACGUAGUAAUGAUGAAUUAGUUGUUAUUAGUGUACUUCGACUCAUUGAAAUUCUAUUGGUGUUACUCUAUCAAACUCACAAUAUUCCAUCAAAAUCAAAUGAUUCACUUGAAAAGAAAAGCGAGAUAUACGAAACUUCUGAACAUGAUAUCUGUGAAACAGAACAAUGUCAAUCAUCUAAGCAAACUGAAUUCCAAACUUCUGUAUCAAUUAUUGAACAUGCAGAAAAUUCACAGAAUACUACAGAAGCUGAUCGUACUAGUACAUCUCCACUAGAACCUCAGCAUUCUUGGGAAGGAGACGCUGUGCAUCGUCAUUUUAUCGAAGCUAUAAAACGACAAGAUUUAGAUUUUAUGAAAUGCAGCCUAAAGUCGGGUAAAAUUGAUGUAAAUUAUAUGGAUAAUUUGGGACAGACUUUAUUAAACUGGGCUGCAUCAUUUGGAUCACCAGCUAUGGUUGAACUCUUAUGUACACAUGGUGCAAAUGUUAAUUUAGGUGUUCGUAGUCCAUUAGACUAUGCAGCUUCUUUUGGACGUGUCGAUGUAUGCCGAACACUGCUUAAUUGGGGCGCUGAUAUUAACAAACGAGAUGCACAAGGUAGGAGACCUGUGGAUCGAGCACGUGAACAUCCAGAUUAUCCUGGUUCACAUCAGGUUAUUGAAAUGCUAGAAUCAGAGUUAAAAAGAACAAGUUUAAGAGGUCUAUCGUCGAAAUUAGAUAAAUCUGACGGCAAACAGACCACUGCCUCAUCAUCAUUAACUUCAUCAGCUAAUGCACAUGACGAUGUUGAUAAACGAGAUAGUAGUGAUCCGGCUGAAGCUCAACGUAUAUUUGUAAAUCAACUUCUUCCAUUAUUGGUUGGUUUAUUUAAAGAAAGUACAUCUUCAUCUGUAAGACAUCAGUGUACACUUUUAGUCUGGCGUAUGAUUCACUAUAUGCUUCCUGAUCACUUGGAAACAAUUAGUUUAAAGGAGAAUCAAUCAGUUCCAUUCGCCUUCUCAUUAACACAAAUGAUUUAUACUAUUUUAAUUGAAGAACGAGAAGAAUUAAUUUUACGUGCAUUGGAAUUAAGCCUUCGUUUGUUGCAUAAAUCACCAUCUAUCUACAUUUUAGUAUUUUAUCGUUUAGGCUUAUUGCCAUUGAUAAAGAUAUUAGUUGACAUAUUACGUCAUUUAUUGAUUAAAAAGAAAUCAACUACUGGACAACAGAUAUCCUUAUCAUCACCAAUAUAUUCAUCAGAUGAAAAUGAGGUGAAAGAUAUGCUUACAGUUCAUGUGUCAACUGUAAACACUGGUAUAACCACCACCACCACGAACACUACCACCAUCAGCCCUAGCACUGGUGCUAGCACAUCAGUAACACUUUCUACCACCGUAAAUACAGAAGCAACGGAGUUUUCAACAAAGGAAAAUAGUACUACAUCAAAGGUGGAUAUAAACAUUGAAAAGCAAGAUGUUUGCACACCGACUAGUAAAGAUAUUGAUGAAAAUGAUAAUUAUGAAUCUGAAAUGUCGGUUACACCAACUACUGAUGAACGUCAACAAGAAGAAGAAGAAGAAGAACAACCCAUAUCACCAUCACUUACUGCUACAUCUGAACCUGUUUUUUUUGAAUGCACAACUUUACAAUUGGAAUGGAUGGUAUUUUUUCUGUAUGGGCCAGCUACUGUCUGUUUUCACUGGAUUCGCUUUUAUUACAAUUCAAUUACAACCAGAAGAUGGAGGUCUACAAAUAGUCCAAUACCAAUUCAGUUGCAUCCAGGUGAAAAUCCACUUCCACGUCCUGGUUUAAAAUUUCGAAUGCUUCGUAUGCAUCAACAUUUGAUGGAACUGGCUGUUGGCAAUACUCGAGUUAUUCCAUUAUUUCAAGAUGUUAAAGACGAUAAGAGUUCUGAAGAAGAGGCAAAAAAACAAACUGUUCAGUCAACUUCUCGUCUUGGCUUGCGUCAUGAUCCUAUUUCUACACAUAUUGCUGCAUCGAUGGCGGGAACUGUGGGAAGUACUUCAUCAAUGCUUCAACGUCAAGCUUCAUCACCAGCUCGUGUCUGUCUUACUUCUAGGUUUUCAGCAAAAUUGCCUGAUCAGUCUACUUCUACUGGGAGCGAUGGUACAACAGCGUCCACUUCUUUAUCGUUUGGUUGUAUGAUUUGUAGUCUACUAAAGCGGAAAGAUGGGACAUACAUCUCUGUAAAACCAAGAUUAUCUUCUACUUGCAGUUCCAAACCACUGUUCACUGAAGCCUUAUUGCUCUCUGAGAAUGUUUGCAGUGGUUUCAAACGCAUACGUAUUGCUUCCGUAAGUAAGGAAGCUGAAGCAGCAGCACCACCAGCAGCUUCCGCUGUUGAUACUGAAUUAAAAUCUAUUAAAACCAUAUCGAAACCAGGAAGUAAUCCAAAUGAAUUAUUGAAAUCUACUAAGCGUCAUUCUAGAAGUUUUUUAAGUGUGAUUUCGCAAAUUGAUCUACCUGCACCAUCCAGCGCUUUGGAUACACCAUCUGCUGAUACAACUGCUACCACUCCAAUAACACCUGCGGCUAGCGCUUCUAUUUAUUCUCGGGAUAUACCAGAAAUUUUCGAUUUCGACUCUUUGGUUAACAACUCUGACUCAUUAAAUAUCGGAAUGGAUUAUUUACAGUUAUGUGAUGAAUCAUCAUCUCAAGGAACUGAUAACGACAGUAAGACAAAUUGCGAAGAGAAACGUACUGAUAAAAACGAACAAAUGAUUUCAGCAACUGAUAUGGAGUUAUCAAGAAUUGAUAAACUAUUUUUCCCCAAUGAAAUUAUUCAUGAGACAUACAAUAGUGGCCAGUUAACUGUGUUAUUACGACCAGAAGAUGAUGAUUCACGAUCGGAAAUGGCAGCUGAACGAUUAGUUCUUAUACGGAAGCGUAUGUUAACUUUAUCUGAGAAACUAUUGGAGAAAUUACAAUCGGAAUCAAGUUCACCUUUCAACGAAGAACAACAUACAUCAGUUAUUAUGGCUAAGAUUGGACCAAUUGAUGGAUUGAAUCGAAUUAAAAAAAUAGUUCUUCAAAUAUGGGAUGCUUUUAAAACAGAUAAAUAUAAUAGUUCAACUGAUGUGACCUUGAACAAAUUAUAUACAUCUUUUCAGCAGUUAUCAACUAUAUUACAUGAAGGUGAACAAACAGUUACAGCCUAUGAAUUAACUACCAGUGGUUUGAUUCAAGUUCUACUAUUAUGUCUUUCUAUUGCACACGCUGGUCGCUGGCAUUAUCAUACAUUUUCUAUGGAGUUAGACAAAACAACAGCUUUAUUAUGUUACCUCCAAGAGAGGCGACGAGUGUUCGUACAGAAUAUUUUAUCUUCUUCUAGGUCUAAAAGUAUGUCACUUCUUGUGAGGCGUUUAGUGCAAGCUUUCGAACUGACAGAACAUCUUCCACUGAGGAUAUUCUCUGCGGCUCAUCUAUCACGAAAGUGUCCUUCUUCAAGUACUACGGAAAAAACAUAUUCGGAUCGUACUGUGGUCAACAGCGAGGUAACUGCAGAAACAAAAUCCGAAUAUGCUCCAUCUACUGUAUUAGAUAGAAUAGGUUACGCUGCGUCUUUACCAAUUAAUUUUAUUAAUUCUGCAUUCAAUCGGUGUCAGCUCACAGUUUGCACUGAUCGCGGUGAAUCAGUGUCCAUCAGUUUAAAACAACCUUUUCAAGAUAGUAUGGAUGCUAAAGAAUUAUCAGCUUUGCUACGCUUUUGUCCUGUUCUCCUGGAUUUCCCAGAACCUGAUUCGUGUUUACCGAGUCUUCAUCAAAUCGCUAAGCGUUUACCUUUAUAUUUGGAUAAAUUGUCGCAACCAAAUGAAGAGUCUAGUGGUAAUGCAAAUAAAUCCAAAGACUCCAGAAGACUAUAUAACUGGCGAGGUAAAGCUCUUUUUGUAAGUCCACUGACAACUGUGAGUCAACUAGAACGAUUUCUCAGUCGUAUGUCAACCAAACAAUGGUAUGAGUGUCCCCGCCUGGAUCUUACUCUUUGGAGUCAAGUUCAUUCAGUGAAUAGCUUAAAUCCCACUGGUUUAUGCUUUCCUGCUCCUCCGCCUGGAAAUAAUUCAGCUGAUUAUCUCGGUGGUGUAAUUGACUGGCUUGCGACUAAUGGUAAUCGUCAUCCUUUAGAAGAUUGGGUUAAUCCAGCUAUUAUUGGACUUAUUAGUGUGGCUGCAUCGACAAAUAAUCCGGUGAAAGGUAGACCUGUUUCAAUUUUAGGGCCUCAAGCUGGUGCUUUAGUCGGAGGGUAUACAAUUCGAGGCAGUGGUAUUGGCGUUGUAGUCAAACCGAAACGUAUGAAUUAUCCAAAUGCAAGUAAUCAAAAUGAAAGUCGAAGCAAAAAGAAUUCAGUAGAACAAAAAUCAAGGCGUACUACUGAUGAUGUACAAUUUGUUACGGAGACUGAAACACAAGCUUGGAUUGCUAUUGAUCUUGGUCUGCAACUAGUACCCACUGCAUACACUUUAGCGUAUCUCAGGCGAGCUGAUGCCUCAGAACACUCAAUUGCACCAAGAAACUGGAAAUUAGAGGCUUCAAAUGAUGCUGUAUCUUGGACUGUUUUGCGUGAGCAUACCAAUGAUUCAAGUAUUCAUUCUGUAUCGGGUAGUCGUGCUACUUGGAGCAUAGUAGACUGUUAUAAAAAUGAUAACAGUACCCUGCAACCAAUAUCGUCAACAUCGAAUACAGCUUGUACGAAUCCUACUAAAGGAUGGCGAUUUUAUAAGAUUCAAACAACAGGACCAAAUGAAAACGGAGGAAAACAGUUAGCUCUAGGUGGUGUGGAAUUCUAUGGCAAUGUUUACUGUGUACACGAUUCUGUGCUAAGUGCCAGUACUAUAGCUCAAAAAAUCUACUCCAUCUCACUACUCAGUGAAAAGAAAGAAACUUCUUCGACACUGGCAUCAGGGUCAUCACCAAUACCAAUUAUCAAAUCUCCUAAUACUAAUCAAGUUAACCGAAUCAGUUAUACUAAAAGUUGUGCUACCACUGACACAAGUACUACCGUAACGAGUCAUAUUCAAAAAUCACGUGAAAAAUCCUCUCCAAAUUUAUUAUCGAAAAGGACCAGUAAAAAAGAUGUUCAACAACAGUCCUCAAGUGUAUUAUCUGAUUGUGAUAAAGCACCAUCGUCGCCACAAUCGAAUCCUAUCCAUAGUGGUAAUGAAAACGUGGAGGAGGAGAAUGACAAUGAUAAUGUCAAUGACAACGAUAAUGAGAGAAACAAUAACCCCAAUACCGCCAACGAGAAUGAUGAUGAUGAUGAUGAUAACGACGAUGAUGAGGAUGAUGAUGAUGAUGAUGAUGAAGAUGACGAUGGUGAUGAUGGUAGUGUUGAUAAAAAUGUUGUCGACAGUUUCCUUGGUGAUGAAUCAAACGAUGCUUUAAUGAAUAUUCUAUUCGAUGAAGAAGGUUCCGAUGAUACGUUACGGGAUACGGAUAAAGGUGAAAUGAAUAUCAAUCUGAGAUUAUGUAAUAAGAAUUUAGACGAUUUAAACUUGACAUCAAGCAGAACAGUUGAUGAAAGAUUCUUACAAUGUUUUAGUAAUCUGCUAGCUAAGGACAAAAUGACUCCAGAGUUAUUUCGAAUUCUACAACGGAUUGCAGGACAAGAUAUGAAUUUCAGUUUAUCUAACAAACCUGCAUCCCGAAGCAUGGAUAGCUUAAAUGCUAGUGAAGAUAAUGACUCAACAAUGAUUGGUCGACUGGAUAGUGUGAAAAAAGGGAAUACUGGAGAAAUAAAUGUAACCCAUCCCAUGCAUUGCAUUGAUCAAAGUAAUAUAGAAACUAUUGAAUCUGACCAGCCUGGACUAGACUAUCUACUCACCUCAAUUGAGCCAGAAGCAUUAGAGUUUGCCGAUACAGUGGAAGCUAUUAUCUGUAGUAAUAAUGUUCAGAAUAGACAAAAUAAUGAUGAUGAUGACAAUCAACACGUUUUGGAUGUCAACAAACCAUGGAGAAAUAUUCAGCCUGUACCCAGUAACAGUAAAUUCUCUAGUAAUUCUGUUGACGAUAAUCAGAAGUCAGGAAAACAAAUUAACUCAUCUAAACAAAACAAUGAAGUUUCUUCAGUUACCGUAAACAUACCAUUGGACGUUUCAGAAUUGCCGACGUCACCAUCUUCAUGGAAAUCGUCUACACAUCAAUUUCGUCGUCGUAUUCGACGACCUCGACCACUUCCGAUAGUUUCUCCUGAAUCUCGAGGUACUCCUGCUAGUCACUCAAAUUCACCGUGCACUGGUAACCCUGCUGUCACUUUGUCAUGGAAUGAAGCGACUGAUUCUCUUCGUCUGCCAUUAGGUCUAAUUCCUGCCUUCAUUCCUAAUCCGGGGUCAACUAAUGCACCAGGAACUACGGCCUAUGUACUAUGUCAGCCUCCUUCAAACGAACCUGUAUGCACAUCAAAGGUUGAAGAUUCAUACUCACGCUUGUCUCUGUUCCUUGGAAUUUAUAUGAAUUCUGAAUAUGUAAUUCAAAUACCAUUACGUGAUAAGAAUGUUACUGUGUUCAAAUACAUUCAGGAAUUGUCAGAGAAGUUUGAAAUGCUUGAUGAUACCAGCAAAUAUCGUCUGUCGAAGUCAAUGGAUGGCGAAGAGAAGGCUAAGAAUAAUUAUGUCAUCAAAUUAGGCUAUCGAUUUUGGGACGAACAUGAUAAUUAUAUGAAUGAUAAUGAUGGAAACUGUUCACCUAUGUUAACUGGUGCCGCUUGCACUACUGCUACUGGUGAAAAUACUCCAACUAUUCGAACAGUUUAUGGACAUGCACUACUAAACAAACAUGAUUUGCGAUUUACUCCAUCUCUUGACCGAUCGAUAAAGUUUAUCUCAUCUGGUAUUAAUAUACCUGUUAUUGGUGAUAAUACCGAUAAGGAUAGUGAUAUGAAUAAUGAAAUUGAUGAAUUGAAAUAUACAUUCUUUGACUAUGAAAUGAAUCGUCCUUAUCCACCUAGUGAACCUGAAGAUAUUUUACAGCUUAUCAAGCUAUUAUAUCAGUUAUCUGGUUUGAAAGAAAUGAAUGAAUUCACUGCGAAUAAUCCCUUCACUAUAAAAUCAUUCAACAGUACUAACGAUAACAGUUCUAGUGAUGAAAAUGAAUCCAUAGAAAUAAGAAUUCAAGAUUUUGUAUCGAAUCGUCUAACUAAUAAAUUAUUACGACAAAUUAAUGAUCCAUUGGCAUUAGCUUCAGGUGCUCUACCGAAUUGGUGUUUAAGUCUUAGUCAACGAUUUAGUGUUAUUUUCUCAUAUGAUGCACGUUCUCAAUUGUUCUCUGCUUGUGCUUUUGGUCCAGCGAGAGCUGCUAUUUGGCUUCAAAAUCGUCCCUUACAAAAACGUACCUAUGGAACAAAUUCAGAUGUUUAUAGUCGUGCUGGUAGUGCAAAUAGUACAACUGGACGUUCAUCUUAUCGACUAUUUUUACCAUCAAGUAAUACAUCUUUAAUUUCUGCUCUGUUAAAUAACACUAUCACUAAUAGUAAUAGCAGUAAUGUACAUGAUCGCAAUAAUUUAUCUACUAAUCCUAAUGGAGAUUUUGUAUUAUUACGUCCAUCAAUAUUGACUCAUUUAUUAAGUGUAUCUAGUGUUAAUGGAUUAACUAAUAAUAAUGCUCAAAAUGAUAAUAUUGACAUAAAUUCUGAUCAUAUAUCAUCAUUAGAAUCUAUUCUAACAAGUUUAGGCAUUUCAUUACCAUCUAAUACUGGUUCUUUAUUAAAUUGUGAUGAUUAUCUACAAGAUAGUAAUACAAAUGAUUUAAUUAAUUGUCUAUUAAUUAACUCAAAUCAUAAUGGUCAACAUUUGAAUACAAAUAUGACAACUGCAACUACUACACCGAAUAAUGGUAAUAAUGGAGGUUUUAUUAGUGGAUUUAGUUCUGAUGAUAAGUUAACAUCACAAAUUGGUCGAUUACUUAAAGAAUUUGUACGCAUUCCACGUUUACCAUAUGAAUUAUUAACACAAUAUACUAGUAAGUGUAUAAAAUUAUCACCUAAUUACUAUCAAUUGAAUAAAUUAACAUUUUGGCAUUGGGCUUCAAGACUUAUGGAAGAGCAUGCAUCUCGUAAAUCUGAAUUGGAGAUUCAAUUUAUCGGUGAGGAAGGUACUGGCUUGGGUCCAACUUUAGAAUUUUAUUCACUUUUGGCCGCUGAACUUCGUCGACGUGAUGGUUUGAUGUGGGUUACAGACGAUUUUCCAAUGUCUAGACAAACGAGUCAACAUCAUUCUGCUCUACCUACAGUGUCGAGUUCGGCAACCUUGGAAGAACAUGUUGACUCAAGUUUCACAAAUCAGAAUUCUGUUGACAACGAAAUAGAUGAUACAGAUGAAGCAAGUAUAUAUGUGAACACACCUUACGGAUUGUUUCCAGCUCCUUGGCCAGGAGAUCGAGUUCCUGAAUCUGUUCUUUAUCGUUUCUACAUCUUAGGAAUCACAGUGGCUAAAUGUCUUCAGGAUAAUCGCCGUAUUGAUCUACCUCUUUCUCCAUCAUUUUUAAAACUUCUUUCAACUUAUGGUAGUAUUGUUCAACAGUGUAACGAUCAUAAAUUGAAAUCUGAAAAAUUGGAAAUUGAUAUAAAUACUACUAACAGUUCAAAUAGAAAUAUUCAUUCUGUGAAUAAAAAUGUUAAUUUCUCUAUCCUAUCAGAUAUUGAAGGUGCCUUCCAAAAUAUUCUAUACAAUUAUUUCUCUAUAGAAAAAUCAUUCAACCUACUUGAGUAUAAUAAAAAAUUGGAUAUUCAUGAUUCACAUGAAUUUAAUCAUCUGGUAUCAUUUCUUCUCAGUCCUCAGUAUAAACAACUUUAUCAAUGUUCUAAAUUUUCUAAUUAUAUACAAUCUAAUAGAAUGCAUUGGAUAUCUGGUAUAUUAAAUCUGAAUGAUUUUUGCCUUAUUUAUCCAGAACGUGCUAAAUUCAUGAAACAAAUUGUACAAUUUCUUUAUCUUAAAUACAAAAUACUAAUGAAUUCAUAUGAAAAUAAUAUUAAUAGUUUAACAAAUGAAAUAUUUGGAUGUGAUCUUGAUGAUCUUUGUAUUUCUAUGGAGUUUCUUCCUCCUUCUAAGCUUUUUGGAUUUUCGGCUUAUCCAUUACAAGAAUAUUAUAGUUGGGAGAGUGAUAUAACAGAAUCAACAACAAGUAAAAAUGAAUCCAAUCCUGUACAAUCUACACCUGUUUCAAUUAACAAUGUAGAGAAAUACUUGGAAUUAACAUUAGCCUUUUGUUUGGAUAAAGGUAUACGAAAACAGAUAGAUGCAUUCAAAGAUGGUUUUCAGCGUGUCCUUCCAUUACACUGGUUAGCUUUAUUCACUGGAACAGAAUUAGGUCAAUUAAUCUCUGGUGAUUCAGUUGCACAGUGGACACGUGAAGAUCUACUCGCUUAUACAGUUCCAAGUUUAGGUUUCACUAAACAAUCACCAACUUAUCAAAUGUUAAUCAAUGUAUUAAGCAAGUUUAAUUUAGCUGAACGACGUGCUUUCCUACAAUUUACAACUGGUUGUUCUAGUCUCCCACCAGGUGGUUUAAAAAAUCUUUAUCCACGUCUAAGAAUAGUACGUAAAGAAUUGACAAACAGUGGACCAUAUCCUAGUGUGAAUACUUGUGUACACUACUUAAAAUUACCAGAAUAUCAAACAGAGAAAGAAUUGCGUACACGUCUGUUGCAAGCAACAAAGGAGAUUGGUUUUUAUUUAAAUUAA